AUGACGCAUCGAACAUACUACUAUCCGCCACCCAUACAGCAGCAGCAUCAUCAGCAACAAUCUCAAACUUCACAGUGGAUUUACCAGCCAUCGUUUUAUAACGGUUAUACAAGAAAUAUACCUAUUGUCACGAAUCAACCCAUUCCUGUCGUCCAAACCUAUUUGCCACCGAUUGAUCGACAUCAUCCGAAAGUAUCUCACUCAUCACCUGUCAAUUCGUCAGCAUAUCCCUCAUCGAUGAAAUCCUACAAAUUAUUUCGUAAUGCAUUCUCAUGUUCGAAUCAUCAACAAUCGAAUAACUGCGACGAUGAAUUUCUCUACCACGAGCAACAACUAAAUCGUAAUCUAGCGAGAUAUGGCAUCGAACGUAUGCCAGUGAAAGGCGACGGAAAUUGCCUCUUCUACGCCCUUGCUGAAGGUUUAAUGUAUGAAAUGAAAUACGAUCCAGAUGAUUUCGGUGUACAAAUGCGUCGCUCACUUCAUUUGCCUAGCCAGUACCGUUUAGUUGACUUUGCCGAUCGUUUACGACAGAUUUGUGUUGAUCAAUGGCGAUUACACGAGGAUUACUAUAGUCAAUUUGUCGAUAAAGAGAAGGUUACAUUUCUCAAAGAAGUGAAAAAGUUUUCGAAGAACGGCGUUUCAGAUUCCACCCUGGGUGAUAUUGUACCGUUGACAAUUGCGAAUACCUUGAAUAUUAACAUAACCAUCUUCACUUCGGUUCUGGAUUUACCACGUAUUGACGUGAAACCAGAAUACAAAAGCAACUUCUUGUCGUCAACUCGCAAAACAAUCUAUUUAGCUUAUAAUCAAUAUGGAUUGGGUCAUUAUGACGCAGCAUAUCCUCGUACUUGA